GAUAAGGGAAGAUCAGUGUGGCAAAGGAAGAGAUCGAUGGCUACGACGGCGAAGGUAGACAACGAGGAGCUCCGGCGACUCAAGGAGGUUGACAUUGACCAAGCUCCGGCGCGUCGUCAUGUUCGCGAUUCCCUUAAAGAUAUUCAGCAUAAUCUAGAUCAUAUCCUGUUGAAGGUUUUGUCUGAAUUAUGGGGUUAAAUCUGUUGGGUUUUUGGUGAUGCUGCAGACACCAGGAGAUGGAAUUAAGACAAAGGAGUCUUAUGAGGUGAAUUCAAGGGGAGUUGAGAUAUUCUCCAAAAGCUGGCUUCCUGAAGCUUCUAAGCCCAGAGCUUUGGUUUGUUUCUGCCAUGGUUAUGGAGAUACUUGCACCUUUUUCUUCGAAGGGAUUGCAAGGAGAUUGGCAUUGUCGGGAUAUGGAGUUUUCGCUAUGGAUUAUCCGGGUUUUGGCUUAUCGGAAGGCUUGCACGGUUAUAUCCCUAGCUUUGAUCUUCUUGUUGAUGAUGUCAUUGAGCAUUACUCCACUAUAAAAGAGAAUCCCGAGUUUAGUUCUCUACCAAGCUUUCUCUUUGGUCAGUCAAUGGGUGGAGCCGUGUCUCUCAAAAUACAUUUCAAACAACCAAAUGCUUGGACCGGCGCAGUCUUGGUAGCACCAAUGUGCAAAAUUGCAGAUGAUAUGGUUCCACCUCCGGUAUUAAAACAGAUUCUGAUCGGUUUAGCCAAUGUUCUACCGAGACACAAGUUGGUUCCACAAAAGGAUAUAGCAGAAGCAGCUUUUAGAGAUCUCAGGAAGAGACAUAUGACACCAUACAACAUCAUUUGUUACAGCGAUAAACCGCGGCUACGGACUGCAGUAGAAAUGCUUCGAACAACUCAGGAGAUUGAGCGACAAUUGCAACAGGUGUCUUUGCCAAUACUGAUUCUACACGGAGAAGCUGAUACUGUGACAGAUCCUUCAGUAAGCAGAGAGCUUUACGAGAAAGCGAAAAGUUCAGACAAGAAGAUAGUUUUGUAUGAAGAAGCUUAUCAUUCUCUGCUCGAAGGCGAACCAGACGAAAUGAUCCUCCGUGUCUUGUCUGAUAUUAUCUCCUGGCUCGACGACCAUAGCUUGCCAGCGCAAGCUGAGGAACCCUUAGUUACUAGUACUUCGUAGACUAUGAUCAUUUGUUUCGUAACAUUGUACGUAGAAUUUAUUUGUUUACAUUUGAAGUGUAACUAUUUUUCAAUGAAUCAAGCAAUAAAUGGUCACUAUUUUGCAAUAAU